AUGCUCAUCCACGACCUGAGCGAGGCGGGUCUGCGGGUUCAGGUUCGUCACGGCCAUGGUGAAGCGCUAUUGGUCUGCAUUCGGAUUCCCCGGGAUCAUCUUGGAAAUUUAGUACACCAGUCAAGAAUUAAAGAUUGGCUGUUUGGAAUUACGCAUACCUUACCGGAUGGCGAUGAAACAGCUGUCGCCGACGCCGAUACCCCAUCCGAAGAGAUCCGCUCGGUAUACCACGCCGUCACCUGGCAAAAGAAAUUAGGAGGCGCGGGAAUUACGCCAGGGUUUGGAAAAUGGAAGAACGUCACGGCCUCAUUUCCACUGCAUGACCAAGAGGCCUGUGCGGAAAUGCUUCGUCAAUGGAAUCGAAAAACUGUCUUGACCACCAGCGAUCUGGAUGCGAUUCGAGCCUUGUUUGGCGAAAAGGUCGCGUUUUACUACGCUUUUAUACAAUGCUAUUCGCUAUUCCUUGUGGUGCCUGCAGGACUGGGCAUUUUUGGAUGGCUAUAUCUAGGCCCAUAUUCCAUCGUAUAUGGAACCGCACUGAGCGCCUGUUGCGUUGUGUUCGUGGAGUACUGGAAGGUACGGGAGGCAGAUUUAAGUCAGAGGUGGGGUGUCAAAGGCGUUGGACAACUAAAGGUCAAUCGCAAGCAGUAUGUGUGGGAGAAAGAGGUCACGGACCCCAUCAGUGGUCAAGUGAAACAGGUCUUCCCAGGUUGGAAGCAGUUCACUCGCCAGCUGCUGUUGGUUCCAUUUGCUUCUGUUGCGAGUGUGGCCCUCGGGGCAUUGAUUAUUGUCUCCUUCGCAUUGGAGGUUUUCAUAUCAGAAGUGUACGACGGUCCAUUCAAGGAGUAUCUAGAAUUCAUACCGACUGUCCUGUUUUCGUUAUCCUUGCCCGCCAUUACCUCGUUUCUAACAAGCAUCGCAACCCGCUUGACCGACUACGAAAACUAUCGAACGCAGGAUCAAUACGAUCUUGCGCAGACUCAAAAGAGCUUCGUCAUGAAUUUCAUCACCUCUUUCCUCCCCACGAUAUUGACUGCCUAUGUCUAUGUUCCCUUCGGCAAACAAAUCGUCCCACACCUUGACAUCCUCCGAAGAACGGGGUUCAAGGCCGACUUGGUCAGUGGGCAGAAGGAAUUCGAGGUUGAUACAAGCCGAUUCCAGCAAGAGGUGAUCUAUCUAUCCAUGGCGGCUCAAGUACUUAACUUCGGUGAGGAGGUCGUUCUACCGUAUGUGAAGCAUGUUCUGAGGCAGAAGUGGCAAAACUAUCGCGAUCGCAAGGCGGAAGAUAGCCACAAGCGGAAGCACUCCCUAGCGACUAGCCUCUUCUUAGUUGACUCACCAGAGGAAGUGGCAUUCAUGACAAGACUACGCAGCGAGGCCGGCGCAGAGGAAUACCAUGUGGAAGAGGAUAUCAUGGAGAUGUGUGUGCAGUUUGGCUAUCUCGCAUUAUUUGGAGUUGCCUGGCCACUAGUGCCGCUCGGCUUCCUGCUAAAUAGCUGGCUGGAGCUACGAGGGGACUUCUUCAAGCUCACGCUGGAGUGCCAACGACCACCCCCAAUUCGGUCGGACUCGAUCGGUCCAUGUCUACUGGGGUUGGAUUUUUUAGCCUGGCUAGGAACUCUAUCUACAGCGGCCAUUGUGCAUGUCUACCGGGGUUCCAUUUCCGAGGUGCGGUUUUCCUCGCUUCUCUUGACGUUGUUCGUCGCCGAACAGGUCUAUCUGGGGAUGCGAUUCACUGCCUCUACAGCCCUCGAGAAGAUCUUUUCCGACACAAUUAGAAGAGAAGAGGCUAGUCGGUAUUCUGUGCGCAAGGAUUAUCUUGCUGCUAGUCUGACGAGAAACUCUUCCCCCAGUUCUGGCUCCCAGGGCUCGCCGAACAGUCGGCCCCGUCCCCGGGUGCGUUUCAACGAACGAGUUAAUGUAUACAGCUCAAACAAAAAAGACCCGUCAACCGACGGCGCUUCGUCACCAAACAAAGAGGAGCCGUGGAAUGACGUUCUUCGUGGAUCCGACCGUGAGGCCCAGUUCUGGGGUGCAUAUUCAGGGGACAUGGCAGACGCAGGCGUCAAGCUAAUUCGCGCAUUAAGCACGCCGAAAGCAGGAGCAUCGGCAUGGAAAGCCCCGUCUGAGCUUCUCCUUCCUACGGUUACCCGCAUCGAAUUUACCAUGGUGACCACGGCUAACUCCUCCGAUACUCUAAUCGCUUUACCAUGUCCCGCCCACAUCUCAAGGUCGACUACCAAGUCCACGACCAUGGCCACGGAGAUAGACUUGCUAUGGCCGACCGAGUCUCCACCCCCCGUGAUCCCAAAACUCGGCCGUGAAGCCAGUGACAUUACAUGGCAGGAACAUCUGGAGUCAAAAAAGGGCCAGGUUGUGCUAGUCAGGCGAGGUGGUCAAUAUCGCCUACUGCACCAGCAGCAAUUCAAAAACAGCUUGCUUGCUAGCGUCGGGUACCUCGAGCUAGCUAACGCCGCUGACUUCGCUGCCAACGUCUGGAACCAGGUUCCCGUUCCAAAGUUUGCCGCUGUACUCAUGGGAAUCGGGGGCACAUUGGCCUUAGGAAUGGUGCUGGUUGCUAUCCACGAUUUUCGACUGAGCUGGAUAAAUGUCAAGCUGCUGCGAGUGGAGCGAGAGCACCUCCUGCGUCUACGGCAAUGCCAUGGCAAGAAUGCAGAGCUUGCCCGGCCUAUUGACAGCCGGCUGGGGGUGGGACUGCGUGAAAUUGGCACCGAGGUGAUUGACCGGAUCGUGAUGGAUGUGUUUAUGGGAUUCGGCUCGUUGUUGGUUGGCGUUGGCACUUUGAUGGCCAUUGGCGGCGCCAACCCCCGUGUCUUCAAAGCUAGCAAUCUGCUUUCUGGGUAUAUUGGUAAUGGUCUCGCUGCAGUGUUUGGCAUUUUCAAUGCCAUCUGGUCUGGUUAUCUAUUUUAUCGAUUCCAUGUGCACGGCACGGCUGCCUAUGCCCGUGAGCCGAGCGAUGAUAUCCGUCGCCGUCUGCAUACUCGGUUCCGCCGCUUCCAAUGGCAUGCUGGUGUCAAUGGGCUAAAUGGUCUUGUUGCUGGUGCUGCUUCGAUAGUUACUGCCGAGCGAUGGUGGGGAUACGUUGUCCUGGUUCCGUGCAUCAUGUCAUUAAUACUGUGUAACUUUUUCUGGCGGAAAAAGCUGGGUUACGAUCGUCCGCUCCUUGGGUAUACAUCAGCCGCGGAAAUCCAGGUGCCUGAGCUCAUUGAAGACCUACAAUACGUGAUUGUAAUGCAACGCGCUCUUGCCGAUUCUGAACACUCCCUACCGCAGGCGAUUGUUCAACCCAACUCCUUGCAAUCAAUUCUUCGCUUCGUUAUCCGUGAAAACAUGUUCGAAACGUUCUGCGAAUCCCUCGCCCGGGACAAGUUAACCUACCCGAUUCUUGCUGCAUUCCCAUCUUUAAACACAUCUCCUGACCAAAUCAACGUCUCCCCCGACACCCUCUUUCGCCUUCCCCCAAGACAUCUAGAUCUCAUUCUAGAGCACGCAAAGCAGUUCCUACGAACAACAGCUGUCCGCAUUUUCACAGAUCGCGAACGCCACCUGCUCGAACUUGUUGGCUAUGCCGUCUGGAAGGAUCACAAAAAGGCUACCACAACCACACACAGUGGCACAAAAGAGCCCGCUUAA